CCUCGAUCAUUAUGAAAGGCAGCCUUGAAACCCCUAAUCCUGGCUGGAACAAAGUGUCUCUCAAAGCUGAGGGAGACUACGCCGACGCGACGUUGAACGACGUGAGCCUGCUUCAUGUGCAGCUUCCCAGGGGUCCGGCAAAUGGCUUUGUGGGUCUGGGGACAUCAACUUGGGGGUUGGCCGAUUUCGACAACAUGCUCAUACAGCCGGCCAACUGGACCGGCACGGCCCGGACGCAGGGAGACAGCAGGCUGUACUUUGAGCCAGGAAACUAGUGUCAUAUGAUGGGGCGGCAAUCGGGGCAGUGGUGGCACUAUGUGAGAUAAUGUUUUAUCUUAAGACUUAUUCUAAAAUUGCUAAUCAUUCACAUUGCGACAUGCUGAAUUCACAGCAAAAAUACAUGUUUAAACAUGUUUAGGUAAAAUAUCAAACUUACAGCGUGGCACUUGCAUUUCUAACACUCUGCAAAGAGUGAGCGAGUGAGUGAGUUUGGAUUAACGCCGCUUUCAGCACUAUUCUAGCAAUAUCGCGGCGGGGGCACCGGAAAUGGGCUUCACACAUUGAAAUACGUAUUGUGUUACGGAAUGUUCAUAUCGUUAUUUUAAAUAUAGGUAAGCCUCAUUAGUUCGAUACUUUGUAAUGCUUGUGGAAAUAUAUCAAUAAAGUAAGCUACAACAUAUACAAA